GUCUGUUUGUCAAGCAGGUAGUCUAUGAUCAAUGUGUGGCGAUGUUUGAUCAAGCAUUCUCAGUUGGGAUACGACAACCAUGGCAGCAACACCUCCUGAAGGCCAAGAAUUCUGGCUGGACUUCAUUGAAUGCUAUAAAUCCUUUCUAUCAUUAUGGAAAAUUAAAAGUGAAGACUAUAAGAACCGAAACCUGAAAGGAAACUGCUACAAACAGUUGGUAGAAAUGCUAAAAGAACACAUACCCACUGCGACAAAGGACUUGGUGUGCAAAAAAAUUAACGCCUUCCGUACCAGUUAUAGAAGGGAGCUGAAGAUGGUUAUCAAGAGUGAGAAGUCUGGCGCUGGUAGCGAUGACAUCUAUAAACCUUCGCUGUGGUACUACGAUGCGCUGGGCUUCCUCCGUGAUCAAGAAACUCAAGAGGAAGGCCUGUGUACGAUGGAGUUAGAUGAAGGGGUAAAAAGAAAUGAAUUGUUGGAAUUGGCAUGUGAACACCUCAAAAAGGAUGAGGAUGAAAUUGAUGCCUUGGGAAAAACCAGGGCACAAGAAUUUCGGAAAUUAAGCGACGAGCAACAAAUUUUCGCUAGAAAGGCCAUAGGUGACGUUCUGUUUGAAGGUCGUCUGGGGACGCUCCAUAGGAAUUCUGUUAAAAUUAAUAAAGAGGACAGCGUGCCUUCAAGCAGAUCAUCAACUCCAAUUCCUGUUACAAGUGCACAUCAGUUGCCCACAGUCAUUCCUUUAAAUCAGAAUAAUUCUAUUUUCACAUUCCGUAGUAUUCCUGCAGCAAAUAAUGAUCAUAAGUCGAUAGCAGAUCUUUUGCUGGACCCACAGUUUAGUGUUUAAUUCUUUAUUAAUAAUGUGCAAUUCUCACGAUACAUUAAUGUAAAUACUGAGUAAUAUUGUCCUACAAUAUUUAAGAUAUAUAAUAAAACAUGAUGUACUACAUAGGAAUACUUAUAAUCAAUGUCCUGGUAAAACUAAUAUCAAUGACUAUAUAAUAUGUUAAUUUAAUCAUUUUUCCAGUUUGCCUGACCCCUUCUCUUUCUCUCAAUUUAUCAUUUAUGUAUUUCAUACAAUGACAUGUACAGUCUGUUAAGUUCAAUGUUUUUUUUUUUUCUCUCUUUUUUUUAUUAUAGCACAAUGGGUUAAGUAAAACGGUUAAAGUACCAGUGUGUAUUAUUGACUUACCUUGAUGAAAUCCUUUACAGCUGACACAAUGGCAUCACAUGUCUCCAUUACAAUGUAUCCUAAACUUUGGGGUGAAAUACAAGUACUAAAUUUCAGGUCUACGAAUGAAUCUCGUGUUGCAAGAAAGCGAAGUGUACUCGUUAGUCGUUCAUUUGGUGGUAUAGCAUCCCGAAAUUGGGUGUAUUUUUUCUCAAUUAGGGGUCUGACCAUUGUCAAUAAAUGUGUGAAGGUAUCAUGGUCCAUUCUAAGGAAAUUCUUGUAGUCCUGGGGUGAUGUUAUCACCUCGUUCAACAGGCAGUCAUGAGAUAGCUUACAUUUUUUCUUGUACCACUCCUUCAUCCAUACUCUCCUUUCGUUUCACAGGUGUUUCAGUGACUAUAGCUAAAAGUAUAGCGAUGCACGCUUUCUUCUCGUUCAUGUUGAGAGGACGUUGUCGGCAGGCAUACUGACGUUUGAUCAAACAUCCGUUUCAUUCUGUGGCGAUGCUUGAACGAACACGCUGGACAAGCAUGUUUGAUAGUGUGUACCCCGCUUUACACUCAGGCUGUAAGUGCCCACAGACUGGGAC